CUUUUCUUUUUAACAGAAAGUCUCAUUCUUGCUGGUAUAAUCUUAAUAUUUACAACCAGAUGAAGGUUUCAUUUUUGGAAUGAAAAAUUUUCAGAGUAGUUUUUUACAGUUAUAUAAAAAGUUGCUGAUUUGGUUAUACUGUUAGAAAUGCAUAGACAGAUAACUUAUUAAACCCCACAAUAAUUUCAUAAUUGUUUAUAUUUGGACAACUUUUCUGCUGUACUUUAUUGGAAGGAGAAAAAUAAUCAUUUCCUUAAUAACAAUUUACUUAACUAAAACAAUAACAUUAUAGCAUAUGUAUCCAUGUUUGUUAACUGAUGCGAUUAAACAAUUAAAAUACAACAACAACAUAGACAGUUUUAGCAUGCAUGAAAAACUUAAAACAAAUCCUUAUUUCCUAAUGAAUAGCCUUCGGACUAUAAUGUAACUUAUACAGAAAAAUAUCUUUAGAAAGCUUUUUCCUCCAAAGGCAUAUUAUUUUAAAAAUCUAAUUUAAAUUUUAAAAAUCAUUAAUUUUUAUCCACCCUGCCUUCCCAAUUAAAAGUGUAUUUUUGAACAUGUUUUUCUCUCAACAUAAGCACAUUUCUCAACGUAUUUUAUCCAGAUAUGCAAUCUGAUAACAUUUCUUUCAGUUGAGAACGAAAUCAAAAUCCAGUGGAUAGCUAAAGUCCAAUCCGGUCAUGAGUCAAGGAGGUGUGGAACAGGUUUCAAAGGAAGCAGCUCCUGUCCCUCCCUCCCUGCCGGCCAGGGAGGAGGGAGGCUCCAACUGUGUUGCUUGGCUGCGUUGCUCACCCAAUAAGGAGUCUAAGAACGACUGGGGGGUGGAGCUUGCAUGCCUUGUGCCAAUCAAAUCAGCCGCUUGCCUGGGACUCGCCUUUGCUCAGCGCUUCCCAGCGGAGAGGUGACGGUGGUUUUCCUUGCUGCAUCCCCUUUGCUGGGUUGCUGCGCUGUGGGAAACACCGCUUGAGGCUUCGUUUGGCUGCUGGCUGGGCUUUCUGCCUUUGGCUCGGAGGGGCUCAGAAGUUGAACAUACCUGUGCCCAGAAAAUCCCUUAUUUUGGCUGCUGGUCCCUUAUCUUCAAAUCUGUAAGUUGACAGCUAUUCCUGUAGCUGACCCAGGUUGUGAGUGAAUUUUGGCUGGAGUUUUAGGGUGCUAAGAUUAAAAAGUCUAGUGAAGGGCAAUAUGGUUUUGAGUCCUUACUGUCGUCAAGGACAUUUCAACUCCUGAAGUACAUAUCACUCCUUCCUUGUGUACAAAAUAACAACUGACAACAGGGGCAAAGCAACUGCUUAUAUACAUUUCUGAAGUUCUGGGCCACUCCCACUCCCAACUUGAUUGGCUGUCUAAACUUCCAAGCUGCGAAUCAUGACUCGGAGUUUAAAAGCCAAUGGCAGAGGCCCAAAUCCUGAAAUGUUCUCUGAUUGGAUAUCAUGUAUCGAAUCAGAACACAGGGGGCGGGGGCUCAGAAUCCUUAGUCCUGACUCAAGCUCAGGCAAACACAGACCACUGAAUACGUAACACAAAAUAUCUCUUUAAAAAGCAAUAUUAUUUAGUAAUUAAUUCUGCCUAAAAGCUGGCACAUGGCAGGGCUGUAUCUGCAAUAUAAAAACCCCAUGUCCCCUUAGUUAAUUUUAUUAAUUAACAGAGACAGGUGAAUGCCAACCAUGUCACACCAUGACACUGUUCUCUGAUCGGCUUGCAGACAACAGAAGGGUUACAUUUUAAUGAUAAAAGCAUGGCACCAUACAACAGUAAACAAAUCCCAGCAUAAAAAUUCAGCGCCCACCCUCUAAAAAAGCAGCAGCAGACUCAAAACAGGCUGAGAGCUGCAUAAGGUCAUUAAAAGUACACAGAUGACCUAAAUUUCAGCUGAUUUCAGAAGUUAACCAUUUUAAACCCGGGGGGGGGGGGGGAGAAGUGCCUCUUUGCUAUUGCAAAAGACUCCACAAAGUUCUCAAAUUGCUACAGCAAAGGUCACUUUGCUCCACCUCUAAGGUGUGGUUCCUUUCGGCAACAAGAGAGAAGCAAAAGGAGGAACUAGAGAAAAGAAAGCGAAACUGGACUCUGCAAUGCGUAGCAGCCGCUUAGCUGUCAGCAGAGAUGGCCGAGGGUUUUCAGCAAGAUCUGACUUGUUCCGUCUGCCUCGACGUGUUUACUGAGCCGGUGCUGCUUAGAUGUGGGCAUUGCUUCUGCCAGAAAUGCAUCACCUCCUCCUGGGACAGCCAAGGCGGAGCUCCUAGCUGCCCUGACUGCCGGGCCCCCUGUACUGACAGACAUUUCACACCCAGCCACUUGCUGAGAAACUUGGCCCAAAAGGCAAGAGAGGAUCAAGAGAAAGCGCAGGAAGACCAAGAAAAUCACGAAGAAACGCCGACAGGCAGAAGCAGCCCGGGUGCUGAUCAGGGGUUGCUCUGCGCAAAACACGGUCUCACUUUGCAGCUCUUCUGCCUCACCGAUGAGGACCCCAUUUGUCUUUGCUGUGUGGAUUCGCCUGCCCACGCCGGACACAAGUUCAGCUCCUUGAAAGACGCUGCUGAGCCCUACAAGCGGAAGCUGGACAAGGUUCUGGGUUGCCUGGAAACCAGAAUUAAACAACAAGAGCAACAGGAAGGAUGUCAAGAAGAAAACAUGCGUUCCUUGAGAAACUCAGCUGAGUCCCUUCGCAAGACGAUUGAAGACGAGUUCACUGAGCUGCAGCGAUUCCUGAGUCAGAGGAAAGAUGCAGUAUUGGCCCAGCUAGAUGAGGAUGAAAACGCCGCGCGCAUGAACAUGAUGGCACAUCUCUGGGAGAUUCGGGAGGGCCUGUCUGCAGCCAGAGAGAUGAUGAGCCAGGGAAAGGCCAAAAUGGAACAGAGGGAUUUAGCUGCCUUCCUCCUGGAUGUCCAGGAGCUCCUGAAGAAGCUCCCUGCUGAAAAGGAGGCUGAGGGCGUAGGAAACCAGGUUGGCCGCUCUGUUGUUUGCAGGGAACUCUGCCUGGGCAAGUUCAAGGGUCCACUGCAAUACCUAGCAUGGAAUAAGAUGAGAUCCAUCGUCAGAACAGAAGUAGAACCGAUCACCCUGGACUGCGGCACUGCUCAUCCCAAAUACACUUUCUUACUGCAAAACUAUCGUGUGGCGUUUGGACUGCUUAAGAAUCCCUUGAACUAUCCAGCGAUAUUUCAGGACUCUCCCGUUGUGCUGGCGAAAGAGGGGUUCCAUUCAGGAAGACACUACUGGGAAGUUGAGGUGGAAAACAAGGGAGACUGGUUGAUUGGCGUAGCCUUGGUGUCCAUCCCAAGGCAAAAAGGCAAGGAUCCCACUUCUCUGACGGACAAGAUCUGGUGUCUGGAGCCAACAGAGGAGGAUAGCGAGCCUCAAAAUGGAUCGUCAUGGUGGAAGGUCGGCGUGUACCUGGACUAUGAGGGAGGCCAAGUUUCUUUCUAUGAUGUAGCAGCCGGGUCUCACCUCUGCACACACACAGCCCGUUUCAGCGAAAAAGUCUACCCUUUCUUCCAACCUACGCCGGCUGCUUUCAGGCAAAAACGCACCAUAAGCUUGAAAACUUGUCACAGUUAGGACAUUAAAGCAAUUCUUAAGAGGGUAUUAUUAUAAAAAGAAAAGGUAGGUGUGUUUGCCCAUUAGAUAAAAGUCCAAAGUCCAUACUAAGGCAGUGCUUUUAUCAGGCCAGCCAAGAUGCAAACUCCAUGACUUCAUCAUCAGCCAACUUCCCUCCCACCUCGCCUUAUUUGCUAUCAAACCUGAAGAAGAGCUCUGAGUAACUUGAAGGCUUGCUCACUAUUUCGUGACGUUUUAGCUGACCUAUAAAAGGCAUUGCCCUAAGGUGGAUUUUGGAAUGUUCUUAAGUGCGCCACAAUUCUCCAAGCAUUGAGAAGUGUGUGCCCCUGGGAAAGAGAUUGUUGGUGAAUUCAGGUCUUUUGUGAUAUGUACAGUGGUACCUUGGUUUCCAAACUUUAUCCAUUCCAGAAGUCCAUUCCCAAACCAAAGUGCCCUAAAACCAAGGCACACUUUCCCAUAGAAAGUAAUGCAGAAUGGAUUCCUCCGUUUCAGUCUUUUAAAAACAACCCCUAAAACAGCAAUUUAACAUGAAUUUUACUAUCUAAUGAGACCGUUGAUCCACAAAAUGAAAGCAAUAAUCAAUGUACAGUACUAUAAAAUAAAUACUGGCCAUUAGAUAAAUUGACCCUUGGCCAAUAAAGCGAGAUGCGCGCUGCAACCCCAGAGUCAGUCAUGACUGGACCUAAUGGUCAGGGGUCCCUUUACCUUUAGAUCUUUUUUUUUAAAAAAAUCAAGUAGCGAUAAGGAGACAUGUAUGUGUGCAAACGCAGGCUGGGAUCCUGGGAGGAAGGUAAAUAAGGCCAAAUGUCAUUUGCACUGAAAGUUUCCACUGGGUGCGAUGGGGGGCUCUAGCUUUUCUUCCAGACCAACAAAAAGCAGGCAUGUAGGCACCGAUCCAGAAUGAAGCAAAGGAGCAAAAAGCCCUUCUAAUUCCCACAACCACCAGGGAUCUAUGAUCUGGGUUAGGGCCUGCUAUUUACUUUUUAAAAAAAGCCCUUCAUACCAUUUGUAACUGUUGAAGCAGGCGAAGCCGACGCAGCCUAUUUGCCAGACUACAACUCCCAUCAUCCCUGACCACGCUAGCUAGCUGGGGUUGAUGGGAGCUGGGAGUCUAACAAUCUCUGGAGGGCACGACAAGAACAAAACUAGUUCUUGUAUGGUCUGCCCUUUAGACACAUUUGCUUACAUUGUUUUCGUACUAGCGAAGCGUGUCAAAGAUGGCCUUUCCUUAUAACCACGUGUGGUGGCUCUCUCUUACUACAUCCAAAAAGUAUCAAAGAAAGGGCUCAAGACGGUUUGAAAGCAGAUUAACUUGUGUUUGUAUUCUGAUUGGAUUUGUUAUCAAUUGGGAUGUUCUUAACUGAAAAUUAAUAAAAAUUAUUUACAGUGGUA